CCACUCCACAGAUGCUGCCCGUCCGGCUGAGUUACUCCAGCACUUUGUGUCCAGUCGUGGUUUUUUUUAAAGAUAGAGAUCUAGGAUCUCCAGUUAAUAUCAGGAGGAUCUUCUACACAAAGUUGCACAGCGCCCGGGAGGGAGGGAGGUAGUCCUGACUUUUAAUGGUACUCUGGAAUGUUCUAACUAACACCUCAGUGAAACCUCCCUCAGCCCCGCUUGGAGCCAGCCUUUCCUGCGAACUUUGGUUUAUUGGCCGUGACGGUCUUCCCCACUAACGAUGUCGCUUUCCGCUGACGUGAGCUUGGACUUGGUGAAGAGUAAAAUCAAACGUCUCACCGACUUCCUGGACUUCUACCUCAAAAUAGCGAACGCGCACACUGUAGAUUUUUACACCAAAGACGUUUGGAAUGAGCUUGUGGCUGUGCCACCUGAAACCGUCAUCUCGGGUAUCCUCUACCCGCAGGCAGAAAACACAAGGGAAAUGUUUCUGAAAACCAGCACAUUUAUGAAUACAAAGAAGUCCCAUGAGGUUGAAGUGAUGUCUGAAAUUGUUGCAUGUUUUGCCAAAUAUUGCAAUAUCCAACAGGUGAUUGAUGUCGGAUCAGGAAAGGGAUAUCUGAGUUCUUACUUGUCCAUGCAAUACGGGCUCAGUGUAUAUGGCAUUGAUUCAUCCACCACUAACACAAUUGGGGCAAAUGAGAGGAACAGAAAAUUAGUAAGAUACUGGAAAGUUUAUCAGCGCCAAACAAAGCCUCCGACACAAAUUUCUGAACCGGAGCAUCCAAAAGAAGAGCAAAUGCAGAAUGUGGAAAAUGUUACCGAAAUCAAGGAACAAAUUGGCCUUGUUGGGGAACAGGAGAAGAGAACUGAAACCCAGAGGGGGCAUGGGCAAUCACUUAUACAGACCCCUAUUUCUACUACUUUUGGAGACUCAGAAAUAUAUAACAAAAACAAUGGCGAAACAUCUGCUGAGACUUUCAGAUCAGACGAAUAUUACAGCUCUGAGAAUGCGUUUCUGGAAUUUCUUUCGACUGAUGCUGUGGAAGUGGCUUCACAAGAGAGGCAAAAUAAAUAUCUGGAUGAUAAAGAAAAAGAGAGACGGAAAAAUGCAGGCUUGGAGGCCAAAGCAAAACGAAUAAAAGAGGCCAAUCUGUAUUCUCCAAUAACACUGCAUGUUACUUCCACAACAGAACUCCAUGACAUCGCUUCUGAUGUAAAGGAUUCUAUGGUGGUCGGUCUGCACACCUGUGGUGACCUUGCCUCAAGUACUUUACGCAUCUUCAUUACUAAACCAGAGAUCAAAGCUGUUUGUAGUGUGGGCUGCUGCUACCACCUGCUCUCGGAAGAGUUUGAAUUAUUGGAUAACAAGGAAGUAAGCAGUCAAGAACCAUGGGGAUUUCCUAUGAGCCAGUACUUGAGAAGCUGUGCCUGGCAUUGUGGACGGAAUGCCAGAAUGUCUGCAUGUCUGCCAUUUGAAAGAGUGACAUUUGGCCAUGCGCAGCUUCCUCUGGAAUCCUUAUUUUAUCGUGCUGUUCUGCAAGUUAUUAUUAAAGAACACUUUGGAAAUGAAGAGACAUCCAACACAGUACAACGAACAAAGGUCAAACAUGUUGGCAAGAUCUAUUUUAAAUCUUCGUCCUUUGUGGAUUACACAAGAAAAGCAACAGAAAAGCUGGGCAUGGAUAGCUCGAAGAUGUCAGCCAAUUUAAUACAAGGUUAUUAUGACAGAUACAUGCCCCGAAUGAAAGAGUUGGAAGCAUUUAACCUGCUGAAAGUAGCCUUAGCCCCUUGCAUAGAAGGCUUAAUACUUUUGGAUCGGCUUUGUUACCUCAAGGAACAGCAAAACGUGGCAUGGUCAGCAUUAGUCCAGCUCUUUGAUCCUGUGAAGUCCCCAAGAUGUUAUGCGAUAAUUGCUACUGGUUGUUAGAGGAUGCUUGCUGUCUGACAGAGAACAGUUGCUAAAGGCUUCCAGGACGCACACUCUGAAGAUGUCUGUCAGGUUUUAAGUAUUGUCAGAGGAAAGAUGUCAACAUCCCAAAGGCCAAGGAAAAAUUCACAAGUUGUUACUGGAUUGAAAUGUGAAAAUUAUAAUGUGACAAUUAAUUUACUAAAAUUGGCAGUGGUCUUCGACAGCCUCUCCUGCAGUUCAGUCUCACAUGGGUUGUGUUCUGACUUUCCCCUUAGCUGCCUCCCCUGAUUGUUGAAUUUAUUGCCAAAAAUGACCCUCAAACCAAUCACCAAUUCAGCUAUACUCACCAACUCACUUGCCCAACAGACGGCUAGAUUAACUUAUAACUCAGGCGCUAAGCCCAAAAUACUUCUCAAUUUGUUUAGGUAUUUUACUCAUUUUCAGGGGAUGUUUAGUUGAAUUAUUAAAUAACGCUUUAAAUAACAAUAAAUAAUUCAAUUACUUUAUCAAAGUGAUGCAUGGCAAACCAAGGCCUGUUCUUUGCAUAACAUCCCUGUUCCAACAAUAACUUCUGAAAAUAAUGUUUAUAAUUUGUAUGCCUUCCAGAGGCAGACUUGCACGGCCAAGACAGAACAAAUACUGUCGAUCACAAAUAAGAAUGUAUGUCUUUCAGUAUUUAUUUCUGGGCUGAAUAAAAGAUCAUCAGUUUUUUCACGCUGUGUGAUUAAAUCUUGAAGGAAAAUUUCAACUGAACAAGGUGAAUAAAACUUGUAUAUCUGUCUCUUAUAAUGAUAACCGUAUAUUAAUUAUAAUACACAGUGAAAUAUUCAUGUUUUUACAGGCAUAAUUAGCCUGAUUUAUGGUUGUUUAAGGAUCUGCUGUGAAGAUAAUCCAUCUAAUACAGAAACGAGGCUGAGUAAACAUUUUUGACCAUCAUUUUCUUACGUUUACUUGUUACAUCUGUUUAUGAGUAUAAACAUUAAUGAAUUUUCGUGGUCUUCAGUAUUAUACUAUAAACUAAAAUACUGUAAUUAUUUUUAAAGAUUUGCUGAACAGGCUUUCAGAUAUGUUAUUAAAGGUAACCCAUAUUUAAAAGGUCAGAA